GAAAAGAUCAAGGUAAAGAAAAAUAUCUUUAUCUUUAUAGAAAGGAUAAAUGGACAUUAGGAAAAAAUUGUAUUUUUGAUGUAGAUAUCACCAGACCUCCAUAUGUUGUUACGUUAAAAAAAAAACGACAACAAUUACGUGGUGGUAAAGAGGUGAUAUCAGAUAGUAUCACAUUAAUUGGAUGCCAUACAAAACCAUCUAAUGCCUAUAAUGAAACGAUGAAAUUACUAGAACAAGUUUAUCCCGAGGUACUUAAGGAUUCUGAUUGA